UUUGCCUAUAAAUACGAGGAUUCCUGUAAAUGAUUUCAUCAAAACAUUAGAAAGACAUUUUCAUACAAAAAUGGGGAGAUCAGUAGUAGACAUCAUAAUUAGUAUUGUGUUGUUGGGCAUUGUGGUUGGUUAUAAGGCUACUACUCAAAAUGCGACGGCCUAUUGGGUGUAUUACGAACCUUAUGAUAUCGACUGGGACCUGAAUAAGGCAGGCGUUGCCUGCGCCCCGUUCGACGCCGAUAAGUCUCGCGAAUGGCGCAGCCAACAUUAUUGGGCCGCCUUAUGUGGACGGACUGGUCCUUUCUUUCCAGCUAGUUGUGGCCAGUGCUUAAAGGUGACCAACCCUGUCAGUGAUGACAGCGUGGUGGUGAGAAUUGUUGACCAUUGCGAUUCCGAAAGAAUCGAUUUGGAAGAAACUGCUUUUGAUUUUAUCGAUUACCAUCGAAGCGGUAAAAUGACAGGAUACCUUCCGGUGAACUACGAGGUCGUGGAUUGUAAUCCACCACCUCCGCCUACUCCUCCACCUCCUCCCCCACCACCAUCACCUCCUCCCCCACCUCCUCCACCACCCCCUCCCCCACCUCCACCACCACCUCCUCCCCCACCUCCACCACCUCCUCCACCACCGGCAGGUCCCGGUGAGACUAAUGUCAUAGCGUACUGGUCUGACUACCAGGUUGAAAAGUAUAACUGGAGCUACCGUGCUGUCGCUUGCCGUGCCUUAGAUGGUGGUAAACCCUUGGAGUGGCGCCAAAGAUAUGGAUGGACUGGUUACUGUGGAAAUGUUAUUGGUUCUGAAUUGAAAGACAUAUGUGGCCGGUGCUUAAAGGUAACCAACACACGCACAAAAGAUGAUGAAAUAGUGAGAGUGGUGGAUAGAUGCGGGAGUGGAGCCCUGGAGUUGGACUUAGAUACUGCGUUUAGGCCGAUUGAUACUGAUGGCCAAGGGUACGCUGCUGGCCAUCUUACUGUGGACUAUCAAGUUGUGCCGUGUGAAGACGAUGUGGGCUCCCACUUCUUCUCUAUUCCCAGUGACUUUAGUUUAUAAAGUUUCUACUCUAUUUCACAUGUAUAAAAUAAAGUCUUAUUGCUACUACAAUGCAACAAGCAUGUUACAGCGGAAUCAUGGAUAUAUUUGUUGUUUGUACCAUCAGGUUAAUAAGUGGGAUUGUGU